AUGGACAAUUUGUACCGCGCUCUGCUGAUUGCGGUUUCUCGAGGGUGCGUGCAUAUCACCAAGACCGCGUUAGGCAGACGCGGCGCCGAACUUCUCGAUUACGUUGAUGGCGACGACAGUUCCCCGUGCCCACUGGUUACUGCGAUCAAGCACGGCCAACGCGAGAUGGUGGACUUCUUGUACGCCCACGAUACUGGCUGCGAAGAUGACUCAUACGUCCCAGCGUUCUGCACUGCAGCUGCCUACGGGCCGUUGGAGCUGGCCAAGAUGUUCUACGACAAGGAAAAAUUCGAUGGACCCGCGCUGGAGCUGGCGUUUGCAUCUGCGGCUAGCAGAAGCCAACUCGAGACCAUGACGUAUCUAUGA